AGCUUCUAUUCCAUCCAGAACCAUUUGAACCGUUUGAACUAAGGUCACAUAGCCGCCAAACUUGCGCGAUUUCAUCUGAUGGCGGUCGGUCAAGGUUAGUCCUCAGAAUGAUAGGGACUGAGUAUGGACACUGUAAUAUUUGCUUUGAUGCAGUGCCAUAUGAAAACAUGUUAUUUCUUUCUGCUUGCGGGUGUUCUUUUUGCCGUCAGUGCUUGAAAACGUAUGUUAUUACAGUAUUACGAGAUCGAGUUGAUGUUAACUGUGCUUGUCCAAGUUAUCCAUGUAGUCAAAGUGGUCAUUUGACAGACUCAGAGAUAAGAGAAUUGCUGCCUUCUGACGUUUACGAACGUUUUUCUGUAAAGAAGCUUCAGCGAGAAAUCGAGCAGAAUGUAAACCUAACAUUUUGCCCAGCAGUAAAUUGUGGUGCUGUGUGCCAGAUUCCUUCUAUUUUAAAAGUACCCAUACGAAAUGGAAUAAACCCAUCUACCAGAAGUAAUAAACAUGCUUUGGAACGGUUUACUAGAUGGUACAGAAGAUAUCUUUGCAGUUCACAAGGAGAUACCACUCAUGUUUCUCCCAGCACCAAAAGUACGAGUUUUCAUGCCGAUGACACAUCAAAAAUUCCAAAUAACGCAUAUUACAAGCCUAUCAGUAAUCUCAGGGAUGAAGACAAAGAAGAUUGUGUAACGACACCCACCAGUGAAGGUGCUGGAGAGAAGGAUUUACUCCAUAUAUCUGAAAAAAGAACGUUGAUGUGUCAAGUGAGUCCUGGUCGCCCAGCGGUACGCGUCGUAUGCAAACAGUGUUCUCAUGAAUUUUGUGCUCGAUGUCAUUUAAACUGGCACAUCGGAGUUGGACCGUAUGUGUGUGAAGAAUAUCCUCGUAACGUUGUCAAGGGAAAUAAAAAUUUAAGCACUCAAUUUACUAGUGAACAAAAUUUACUUGGAAUUUUGGAGGAAAAUGUAAAUGCCUCGGAUCAUAUUAACCCUCAUUCAGAACCAGAUCCUAUUACAUUUCAGAAACACCAGUCACAGUCUGUAAUGCAAAAUCCAGAAAUCAUCAAGUCAUUACCAUCCUUGAGAAAACCUCCAGAGAAAAACAAAAUAAAUAAAGUCUCACUCCGGCGAUCCAAAAGAAAACGGCGUAAUUAUUUACAGAGUCAUGCAGGUAUUCAUCUUUCCAAUCAGGAUAUCAGUGAUACAAUUGAUGUCUCCGUUCUUGCCGUUGGGUUUCCUCCAUAUUCUCCUGAUGACUGGCUGAAACGUUGUCCUGCCUGCCUAGUCCCUAUUGAACGUAUCGAAGGUUGCGCUCAAAUGAUGUGCCGGUCAUGCAAACAUACCUUUUGCUGGUAUUGUUUGACUUCAUUGGAUGAUGAUUUCCUUCUUCAACAUUAUGAUGACGGGGCCUGUAAAGGAAAACUUGGUCAUUCUCGUGCAUCAGUAAUUGGUCAUCGAGUUUAUGUUGUCAGUGUAUUUACUGGAUUAACGAUUUUAUUACUGGUUGCUGCUCCAUUUAUCAUGGUUGCUGUGCCAUGUAUUAUUUGUGCAAAAUGUCACCGGCUUUAUCGCCAACACCGUCUACGCAAACGGCAUUCUCAGGGUUUAUAUAUGGUUAAUGGUCGUGUAUUAAAUUCACCUAUAUCUUCUAAUGUGCAAAAUGAUCGAACAGAUACACCUCAACCUACUUCAUCAACUCCUCAUCAUAGUAUAUUUAUACCAUCUUGUAGAUCGUCUAUUGUUAGUGCUGAUCACCGACCAACUGUCGAACAAAAAGCUGAUAUUCAUUGGUCACCUUGGCAAAACGAAUUUAAAUGUACAUCUACUCGUAAAGUUAUGCAUCGCUCCAAAUCUGUACCUGCUUACUGUUGUACAGUACCACUUAAUAGCCUACUCAUGACUUCACAUACACCGUAAAUUUCCCGAGUUUUUAGUCGUAAUGGAAGAUCAAGAAGUUAUAUAUAUAUUUCACAAUCAUUUCUGUGUUCACAAAAUUCAUAGUAAAUGAUCUUAUCAAAUCUUUUUUUUUGCUUGUAUACUUUGUAUGCGAAAAAAGGAAAACAUAUCUCAAUACUUACAUUCUUUUAUUCCUUGAUACACCAUAUAAUAUUAAUAAUAGUAACCUUUUUUUACUUAAGUUUCAGCGUUCUGUUCUAUUGUCAGAAUAUCCUUGUAAUGAUGCAUUUAUUAGUUUGUCUACUUUCAUUUACUUUUAACUUGAUCAUAUAAUUGUAAGUCUGCAUAUGUAUGUAGAUAGCUAUCUAGACAUAUGUACAUAAAUAUAAUCAUUCCAAGAGUGAAAUUAAUGCAUGAUAUUUCUCUUAACAUCUACACUACCCCCAUAAACUAAUUUCUCUCUAUCACUGUGAAUGUUACUUGUUGUGUCAAUUCAAUUUUCUUUUGCAUUGCCCUAUUCUCUUGAAAGUUGUAUCACAAUAAAAAGCACCGUCCCUAGUGAAUUGCAUAUAUAUAUUACUUAUCUAUUUACUUAGAAUAAUUAUUAACUUAUUUGUUUAUUUACUUACUUAUUUACAGUAAUUUGUUUCUAUCUAGUUCUCUCUUUUUCGCUAAAUUGACUUCGUUUUUUUUUUAAUUUAAGAAAAAGACACUAUUCUUAUAUAUGCAUGCAAUAUUAAUGUUUUAUCUUCUUUUAAAAGUUCAAUUCUAUCUAUUACUUGUUCAAACAAUACAAUAUACAAAACAAAAAACUUUCAUACUUUCCAGGGAUUAUUUCCAUUUGUAUGUAUGCACACAUGUAUAACAUUCAUUGUGUGCUUUUUCAUUUCAUCUCUUUUACACACUAUUCUUACCAAGUACGUAGUUUCCAUAAGUAUAUAUUAUCUUCUUACUGAUAUUCUAUGACUUAGAAUAUCUUAGGUAAAAAUACUCAUUUUACUAGUCAUGAACUUGCAUUUCUCAUUCUUCUUUAUCUCUACUGUGAUAAAAUUUUGUACAAAUAUAAUAUAUACGUAUACUGUUUAUUAUUUAUAGUCUUAAUUGGUUAUGCAACUAUUAAUUGCAUAUGAUACCGCUUGUUGUUAGACUCGUCAUUGUUAUUGCUAUUACUAAUAUUGCAACAUGUUACUACUUUUAUCAUUACUAUUUUUAAUAUUAUUACUUUACUUGUAACAUUUGCAUUCUUAAGUUGGAUGAUUGAUUAGCGCUUGUGUAUCAAUUUACUGAGCUUAUUUCUUUUCUCUUUUCAUACAUUUGUCUUUUCUUUAAUGAAACAGUGGUUUGUAAUAGUAACUUGUGUUUAUUUCAAUUAGAAUGAGCUACUGCUUUAGUGGAUAUUGUUUAAAAUUACCUUGAAUGUCUUGUAUAAAAGUGGUUAAGGCAUUUUGUUUGUUAAGCUUUUCAGGAAUAAUUAGUUGAAAAUAUUGUGACUUGCAGUGUCCGUAUCUAAUACUAAUACGCAAUCCUCCUAUAUACGAGGGUGAAGUUUUAGUGGCCCGGGAUCUGACUCCAGUGAGAUCAUUUCUGAUUGAUAUUGAGACAUACAUAUUGUCAAUCGUCGUAUAGAAUUACCGACUUAAUUCGCGUUAGUGAAUAACGAAAUUAAAUAAAUAUGAGAAUGGAAUUCGAAUACAUGUAUUUUGUACACUUUGAUCUGGACAGACAAUCGGAGGAACGAAGAGGAGAGCGAAGCGAAAUGAAAUGACGCGCAGUGAAGAAGGCGCGUAAGCCAACUCGAUUUAAUCAAGCAUUAAUCGAUGUUUAUAGCCGAACAAAAAUAAGUUACAGACAUGUGAUGAAUACGAUAAGAUGUGCUCACACGUACACAUAAAAACAGUCAAGGUUGAUAAGCUUGUAAUUAACAAGGUCAAAAUGUGACUCAAAAAUAAUGAAUAGACUGGCUUGUCCGGAAGCUAGAGUAAGCUAUGUGGGCUUAACCGAUACUACGACUUUAACAACUGUCUUUCAUUCUCGGAACUUCCUUAAUUCAUAAUUUUUACGUUUACCCAACCUGAUUUGUGUUCAUAUUUACGUAUGUGGAUUGGUAUAAGUGGUAAUAUAUUAUAUUUCACCGCUAGUCCAUGUUUUCAAUGAAGUGGACGUUCACUUGUCUACCUUCAAUGUGUGUAGGAUGAAAUAGACUAGUUGUGUCGCUAUGUUGGUAACACUGACAUGAAAGGACUACCAAAAUGUCUUUUUUUAUAGCAGGAUGACUUGAUUUUUAGGGGUGAAUUGAUGAUGAAAUAUCAAUUUGUUAGCUAUUUUACUGGGAACGGAACAAACGUGUGUUUCCCCUAUUUUUCAUGCAGCGCGAGUCCUUCAGUAGGUUUUGGUCCUGAAUAGGGUGGGUGCCCAACUUCUUGUGCAUUGUUAGUCUGUUAUUGUUCUAAUUUCAUGUUCGAUCCAUGUGACUUGAAUUUCCUGUGUUUGUAGAUUAACGGUCUGUAUGGUAUGGAUUAGUCAAUAAAGUCAACACUUGAUUACCACACUUAACUCCUUUUCGCCACAUCAUAAAUGUUUGUUGUCUAGAUCACUACGUUUUUAAAGAUGAUCAUGCUACUAUUUCAAGUAGAGAGUGUGUGUAGUGACCAUUUAACCAAGGAUAGGACAUAAACGUUUGCAAAUUCGAUUAUCUCAUAAUUGUGUUUUGAGACUUACCAAGGUAAGAGAAGCGACAGAACAUACAUCUACAUAACUCCGGUAUUUUCACUUUCUAUGACUAUUAUGCCAUUUGAAGGACUUUGAGCCUAAUCGCCUUUAUGAGAUUAUUAGGAGUAACUUGUCCAUGCAAUAUUUUUGGUCUGUUUGAACUAAAUGUGCUAAGGUCGAGUUGUUUGCAUUCUUAACUAUUCAUUUACUUAUCUGGACUUGGAGCUGUUUAUAGACACGAAAAUGUAGUUUCCUGGGUCAUCGGCUGAUGCCACUUGCUCUACAGUCUCAGUUGAAUUAAUAAAUAUAAAAGAAAUAGCUGUUGUGCUUAUUCUAUGGAGGAAGUGUUGAUCAGAUACUUCCAUAUGAAAUACUAGAUAACAUAGGAAAUAGUUUUUGCUGUAAGACCAUUGUGAGAAAUCUGGGAAGGUGCUGAUCAUAAUUAAGUCACGAACAUAUUGGUUGGUUCUUUCAUACAAAUAUAAACUAAUUAUUGGCUGUGCUAUUAUGCUGACUGAAAAUCGGUGUUUCGAAGUAUAAUAUGAUAUCGAUCACUACGGUCCAUAAUUAUGUGGUCUGUGCAUUUUAAGGUGUUAUUUUCAAUAUUUUUUCGUGGAAAUGUGACUGAAGAAUUUGUGAUAAUAUGUUCUGUCCAUUUUUGUAUUAUGAAAACAGAAGCAGACAACAACAUUAUUUAAACAUUUAAUUUUUUUCUUUCAAUGCCCACAAAAUAAAAUAUUCGUAAUAUUUUACUUGUAAUACUAUAAACACUUAACAUAUAAGUGAACAUUUAGUACGAAUUUCGUAGGUUAUUCACACUUUAGUGAAAGUAAAACCUAACUAUUGCUCCUGAUUCUCACAUAUCGUAUCGUAACGUAUGAUUGAAUUAUCAAUGUAUUAUAUUUAAAUUCACUUAAUCAGUGUGUUUAGAUUCAAAGUAUCCUAUUAAUGGAUUUGAUGAUAAUAAGUGUAAACCAAAAUGAACAUCUACUACAGGAUUUCAAUUCGAUUAGUAUGAGAUCAUUCAGUUCCAGUUAAUGUGACUAAAAUGAAUCUUUCAUUGUAAACAAUGUUUCUAUUUAAAGAUUGUUUGCAUCAUAACUGAAUACUAGUAGUGUACUACUAAUCAUCAAGUAGCAUUGAAUACUUUUUUUCAUCUUACUUCGGUGAUAAACAACUCACAUCCAACUUGGUUGAGCCUCACUAGUUACAACUUCUAGAUGAACUACCAAGAUUUCAGUGAGAAAUUGUGGCUGAUGGAGUCUAGUCAAUUUGUGUCUGAGACAGAUAAUACUGACUAAAUUAAAUAAUUAUCGCUAUAAACCAUAAAUUGACUGAAAUUCUAAAUCUAUAAUACUGGAUUCUAUCCAGCUUAGUAUAUUCUAAACAAUUAUACCCACCAAGAGGCAUGAUGAUCUCCAGCUCUAUUUCACUUUCUAGUUUUCAAUAGUUUUUCAAUUACUGUAACUUCAUGUUGAAAACUUUUUGAAAUAGAUCUCUACAAAAUUGUGAAUUUCAUCGAUCCAUAAUGUUAAAGCUGAAUCUUACCUCAUUCAUCAAUAUUGUUAACAUUUUCAUUGAUUUCACAUGAUAUAAAACACUAAACGUUUACCAAGUUUCUUUUAUUAAUUUAAUAACUAGAUUAUAGUAACAGUUUAAAUUUUGUUAAAUUCUUUUAUUGCAUAAAAUGUGUGUAUCUUAUUGCUUAAGAUUAUUUCACAUAACAAAUCGUUUAUAGCAGCUCACGUGCAGUUGAGUUUGUUCACAUUUAAUUUAGUUAAGCCGUUUUGUUAACUUAUUUAACGGAUGGAGUCAUUUCUACAGUAACAAUUUACCUAUGCCAUUAUACCUUUAUUAUUAUUGCACUUGUAUGAAUAUGUACGCUUGAGCAUUGCUUACUGCUUACGUGUAUAUUCAUUCUGCUAGCCUUACUAUUUGUUGCUUAACUGAUUCAAUGAUUCAUUCAUUUCACUAUGUGUAUAUGCAUGUACAUUUUAAUAAUGUUCACUCGUUUGUCCUCUUGCUUUUCGGCACUACUUUUUCAUGCUUGCUUAACGUACCUGUAAUUUUGGUGAUCUGUGCGUAGUACAAUAAUAUAAACGUGAUCAGCACUUCGUGUUCGCCUUCUGAUUAAUACACCAUUGGAUCGUUAUCUAGUGAGGGUUAUCAGGAUGAACUGUACACCAAGUUUAAGGACUAUAUUGAAUACUGACCACUACAUGCUCAUCUUAUUUUUUUUCACUUUCAUUUAAUUGACACAUCAAAAUUUGUAAAUAAUUUUCAGCUCUAAUUUAAUGACUUAUUUUGUUUGUUUUUUCAAAUAUUUGACUACGUGUUAGGGAUUUAAGAUCCCCAGAACUCAUUUGGUAAAUGCCUUAAUUUUGCAAUUUUAUUUUGAAAAUUUGAAUUUCCUUGUUUUUGCGCCAAAAACGCCCUUUUCACCUUCAUGUCGUAUUUCCCACUUGGGAGAAUCUUUAACGUUAUCGGUUCGUUGUGUAUUUCAGUAUGCUAAUUUGUAACGCUUUCCAAUGACAGUUUUAUGCUGUAUAUAUACGUUUGAUUUGUGUCUGUUCUUAUCGCUCGUGUUUCUGGCUUUUUGCGGAAUAUACU